CCCCAACACGUCCCUCAGUACAGUUUCAGUGCUGUUGUUCAGUUCAAGUUGUUUCAUGGCGGAGUUUAGACCUUUACAGAGAUGGGACUUGGCACAGUGGAACUGGUACUUAUCUCACUGUUACUCUACCUACCUUCUCAUGCGAGUCAAGUUGGCCCAAUCCAGGUGUAUGGGCUAAUAACCCAGUCUGUCAGUCUGGCACCCACUGAGCACUUGGCACAGCCAGUAGAAGAGGUAACAUGGCAUUAUAUAAGCAAUGGAACAAGACACAGACUGGCAGAUUACAGGAACCAGCAGCUGAGUAUCCGGCACAGUCAGUUCUCCCAGCGACUGGAUGCUGAUAACAGCGGCACAAGGUUAUGGAUCAGGGAACUGAGGAGUGAGGAUACUGGCAUUUACAUAGCAUUCAUAACACUUAAUGGCACAACACAUACAGUAGAUCUGUCAUUUACUCUCACUGUGUAUGAGCCAGUUCCCACCCCAGAUAUAAAGAUGGAGAUGGAGCAGAUUAGCCCUGACUGGUGCAAUUUCACCCUUCAUUGUUCUGCCCCAACAAACCCAUCAGCGCUGUCCUACAGUUGGAUGUACAGACACAAAGGCCGGUACCAGCCCUAUCCCAAUGGUACCACAAUCCGUGUGUCACUGCAGCCUGAAUCCUGGGAUGGGGAGUAUCUGUGCUUGGUACAGAACCCGGCUGAUCAGAAAAAUGUCUCUAUUGCCCUUCAGGAAGUCUGCAAUGGUAACUUGACUACGAAAGUCAGAAAUGACAAUUUUAGGAAACGGUAUCUUUUAUUAAUCAUCCUGCCCUUGGCUCUUCUUCUGUUAUUCCUGGCAUGGUAUAUCAGAGCAAUCAAGAAAAGAAAAAAAGGGCCACCAUCUACUGCCAGUCAACUUGAUGAAGUUCAGUAUAUAGAGGUUCAUACGUGUCAGUCGGACAGAGGCCUUCAGACCAUUUAUUGCCUGGAACAGAAACCCGCCAGUCCCCGUGAAGCAAGGACACAAACAAUAUACACCGAGUUGGAGAAUAUUCACAGGACUCCCCAGGAAUAAGGAAACAGGGCUCUUCCUGCCCAACGUUGCCUUUUCAAUAACAGGAAAGUGGUGUAUUCUUCCUGUUCCACGUAUAUCCUGGAGUGGAUUGGCUGCCUGAUUUGCUAAAAAACAAAGGUCGAUAUAAGACAGGAAGUGCAUGCAGAGAUACUGGAUAAUAUUGAAACUUGGCCCAGUUAUGUAUAAACAUCCAUCAAAGUAUGUUCUGCUUACUGGAACCGAAAGCCAAAGCUUUGGUCUGGGGCAGCUGGGAAUAGUACAAAAUUCGAUUAAAGGAGAAGGAAAGGUAAAAACUAAGUAAGCUUUAUCAGAAAGGUCUAUGUAAAUACAGCCAUAAACACUUA